GGAGCUCAGCUGUUUAGUGAUAAACGAAGAAGACGAUGAAUAAAGCGGAACCGGAAUAGCAAGUACGACGUCGUUUCGGGUGUCAUCAAUGGCGAAAUCGCUGUCGUCUUUUCGUUUUCUAUGCACAAAACGUGUGUUCUCUUCAACAGUGAUGCAUAGACUGUUUCUGUUUCCUUCAAAGAAUGUACAGAAAACCCUCUUUGCGACUUCACCUUCUUCGUUAUUCUUCUCCACGACAUGUACGCCGUACCCACUUCAAUACGAGAUGAUCAUCAGCCGGCCUACUCAAUCGUCACUCGCCAGAGCUCGGCGCCGACCCGUACCCGACUCAGCCAACUCAGCGGACUCACCGGAGAACAAAAACCCAGACGUGGAACUGGGUUUUGAUUCAUGGAUAGAUAAAAAAUUGGGUGAGGAGAAGGAAAUAAGCGGACCCAGUUCGAGUAAUUUGGAAAUGGACAAAGCCAAGCGGAAGUAUUAUAGCAAGAGAAGGAAGAGGAUGUACGGGUCGGAUUCUGAUGAUGAUCGGAAAAAUGAGGAUGGUUUCGUGGAGUUAAAGCCGGAAGUUGUGGAGUUCAACAGGCUGCAUAAAAGAGAAGAGGAGUUGUAUUUUUACGAUGCGUUUGCUUAUCCAUGGGAGAAAGAUAAACAUUAUAAGAUGGUGUAUCAGUUGGAGAAGAAAUAUUUUCCUGAUCAGUGUCUGGAUAAGGCGUUUCUUGAACCAGGAGAGUCAAAUGUUGAUAAGAAUGUGAAGGGAAGAGUGAGAGGUAAGAAGAGAGUUGACGAUGGCAGCGGUGGGAAGAGUGGAGAGAAGAGAGAGGAGAAUGUUGGUAGUGCAGAGAAUGAUAAAAAGUUGGUGUUUUUUGAGGAGGAGAAAGAAGAGAAAGGAGGGAAUUUGAGCAAGGAUGUAAAGAGAGAUGUUACAGAGAAGAAGGUGAUGGAGUUCUUCAAGUGUUUGAACAAAGUUCCCAAUGGAAAUGCAGAGGUUGGUGAGGGGGAGCCUUAUCUUGUGACGAGGAAUAGUGAGCUUCCCCCUACAUGGGAUGGACCAUAUGGCACGGUUCUUCUUAUCAAUAAGCCCAAAGGUUGGACUUCAUUUACAGUUUGUGGAAAGCUUCGUUCCGUAGUCAAAGUGAAAAAGGUGGGGCAUGCAGGCACCCUUGAUCCCAUGGCAACUGGUUUAUUAAUUGUAUGUGUUGGUAAAGCCACAAAGUUAGUAGAAAGAUAUCAAGGUAUGGUAAAAGGUUAUAGUGGAGUGUUUCGAUUAGGGGAAGCUACAUCAACUUGGGAUGCUGAUUCACCGGUAAUUCUACGAGAGCCUUGGGAGCAUAUCAAAGAUGAGGAUAUAAAGAAAGCUGCUGCAUCCUUUUGUGGGGAGAUAUGGCAAGUUCCUCCAAUGUUCUCUGCCAUCAAGGUAGGAGGAGAGAAGAUGUAUGAGAAAGCAAGAAGAGGAGAAAGUAUUGAGCUUUCACCUAGAAGAAUCUCGAUUUUCAAGUUUGAUAUUGAGCGGAGUUUAGAUGACAGACAAAAUUUGAUUUUCCGUGUCACAUGCUCAAAAGGCACAUACAUCCGGUCGCUAUGUGCAGAUUUUGGGAAAGCUCUUGGGAGCUGUGCUCAUCUAACUGCUCUUCGAAGAGAUUCAAUCGGGCAGUAUUUAGCCGAUGAUGCAUGGGAAUUCAAGGAGCUGCAAGAGGCAAUUGCUAAAAAUUAUUUCUAACUGCCUGACUCUGAUCUUCUUUCUUCAACAAUUCUUGAAGCCAGAAGGACAAUUGGACAUUGAACCUCUUUUAACUCCAUUUUUCCUCUCUCUUUUUUUCUUAUAAUUUAUUUAAUUUCAGAACCCGAAAAUAUAAUACCCAGGUGUAGAUGUUAGAUUUAUAAGGAAAUGUAGCUUAAAUUUUUUUGGGAAAAUUCUGAAAAUUAUUUAUGUUGCUUGUAAAGAUUAUACAUUACUUCAAUAUAAAGCAAAA